GUCAUCUUGUCACCUUCGUCUCCUCACUUUGAUUCUCACCUUCCUGCAUCCUUCCUUCACUUCCUGCUCCUGUCCCACUGAGCUCAAAGGUCACAGGCGACCGCUACGUACGUUCAUCCUGCUGUCGCACUUUGUCCUCAGUGACAUUCUAACCACCGUCAAAAAACAGUGUAAGCCACCGUAUCCGCUUAAAGUCGCUUUCCUGUUUAACAUGAGCUUCAAAUGUCAUAAUUCAAGACGAGGCGAACGCGAUGUUUUGGCUCGAGUGUGACUUCGACGCCUGCUAUGCAAAUGAAGCUGUAAAACAAUAAUCCUCCCCAUCCGUUCUCCACGACAACUGACUUUGUGUCUCCUUGAAUCAUAACGGCUGCAGCAACACCACAGUUGUCGUUUGAACGUGGAAAUUAUAGGUUUGCCGCUACUCGGGAUUCUCUGGCAGACGUGUUGUAGGAAACGUGAAAGGCGUUGUGAAGGUUUCACAGUGACGUUGCUGGACUCCAUGUCAGCCCUGGCCGACUUAGGCUGGGAGGCCUACCCUAAUGAGGGAUGGGAGGAGAUCAGCGUGAUGGACGAGAGGAACACCCCCAUGAGGACGUACCAGGUGUGCAAUGUGAUGGAGGCCAACCAGAACAACUGGCUGAGGACGCGCCACAUCAGCCGAGAGGGAGCGCAGCGCGUUUACAUCGAGAUCAAGUUCACCCUGAGGGACUGCAACAGUCUGCCGGGGGUCCCUGGUACCUGCAAGGAGACGUUCAACAUGUACUACUAUGAGUCCAACAACGCCAACCUGUGGUUCAUCAAGGAGAGCCAGUACGUCAAGAUUGACACCAUCGCUGCAGACGAGAGCUUUACACAGGUGGACGUUGGCGACCGUGUGAUGAAGCUGAACACGGAGGUCCGUGACAUCAGCAACCUGAGUAAGAAGGGUUUCUACCUGGCCUUCCAGGACCUGGGCGCCUGCAUCGCCCUGGUCUCGGUGCGGGUCUUCUACAAGAAGUGCCCCCUCACCGUGCUGAACCUGGCGCAGUUCCCCGACACCAUAACGGGCGGCGACACGGCGCUGGUGGAGGUCCGCGGCGCGUGCGUCAACGCCUCGGAGGAGUUCGAGCCGCCCAAGAUGUACUGCAGCGCAGACGGAGGCUGGCUGGUCCCCAUCGGGAGGUGUGUGUGCAAGCCGGGCUUCGAGGAGAACAAGGACGUCUGCCAACCGUGCCGGCCUGGGACCUACAAAGCCUCGGCCACAGACGCCUACUGCACCAAGUGUCCUCCCCACAGCUCGUCCCCGCACGAACAGGCCGUGGAGUGCGUCUGCGAGAAGGGCUACUACCGAGCAGACUCGGACCCACGCUCAAUGGCCUGCACACGACCUCCGUCGGCACCGGAGAACCCCAUCACCACGGUGAACGAGACCUGCGUGACCCUGGAGUGGUCGCCGCCCCGCGACGCCGGGGGCCGCGGCGACGUCGCCUACAGCCUCCACUGCAGGAAGUGCUCGGGCGACGGGCGCAAGUGCGCGCCGUGCGGCGGCGGCGUCCACUUCGUGCCCAGGCAGUUCGGCCUGGUGACGGCCGCCGUGCUGGUCACCGACCUGCAGCCGGACUCCAACUACAGCUUCACCGUGGAGAGCCAGAACGGGGUGUCGGACCUGAGCCCGGCGCCCAGGGGAUCGGUGGUCAUCAACGUCACCACGUCCCAGACAGUGAGCGUGGUGCUGAAGGAGCGGCGGAGCAAGGACAGCGUGACUUUGGCCUGGCAGGGUCCGGAGAGGCCCAACGGAGUCAUAGUGGAGUAUGAGGUCAUCUACUACGAGAAGAACCAGCGGGAGCAGAACUACACUGUUCUGAAGACUCGCUCCAACAUGAUGACGGUCGACGGGCUGAAGCCGGGAACCACCUAUGUGUUCAGGGUCCGGGCCCGGACCGACGGCGGCUACGGGAGCUACGGUGGAGAGAUCGAGCUGGAAACCAGCCACGAAGAUGUCUUGGCUAUCGGGGACCCGAACCAGUCCACCAUCCUGGCCGUGUCCAUCGCUGGGGGGAUCGUGCUCCUCAUCUUCCUGGUGACCUGCUUCGUCGUCAGCGGCCGGCACUGUGGAUAUAUUAAAGCCAAGCAGGACCCCGACGAGGAGAAGAUGCAGUUCCAGCACGGCCGAGUCAAGCUCCCAGGCAGCAGGACCUACAUCCAUCCUCACACCUACGAAGAUCCCAACCAGGCCGUCAGAGACUUCGCCAAAGAGAUUGAUGCGUCCAAUAUUCGCAUAGAAAGAGUCAUCGGAGCUGGAGAGUUCGGGGAGGUGUGCAGCGGGCGGCUGCGCGUGCAGGGAAAGCGGGAGAUCUACGUGGCCAUCAAGAGCCUGAAGGCCGGAUACUCCGACAAGCAGAGGCGGGACUUCCUGUCCGAAGCCUCCAUCAUGGGGCAGUUCGACCAUCCCAACAUCAUCCGUCUGGAGGGCGUCGUCACCAAAUGUAAGCCUGUGAUGAUCAUCACGGAGUUCAUGGAAAACGGAUCUCUGGACACGUUCCUCAAGAAACACGACGGCCAGUUCACGGUGAUCCAGCUGGUGGGCAUGCUGCGAGGCAUUGCCUCGGGCAUGAAGUACCUGUCGGACAUGAGCUACGUUCACCGGGACCUGGCGGCGCGGAACAUCUUGGUCAACAGUAACCUGGUGUGCAAGGUGUCCGACUUCGGCCUGAGCCGGGUUCUGGAGGACGACCCGGAAGCCGCCUACACGACGAGGGGAGGGAAGAUCCCCAUCAGGUGGACGGCCCCGGAGGCCAUCGCCUACAGGAAGUUCACCUCAGCCAGCGACGUGUGGAGCUACGGCAUCGUCAUGUGGGAGGUGAUAUCAUACGGAGAGAGGCCCUACUGGGAGAUGUCCAAUCAGGAUGUGAUCAAAGCAAUAGAUGAGGGCUACCGUCUUCCUGCUCCCAUGGACUGUCCUGUGGUGCUGCACCAGCUCAUGUUGGACUGCUGGGAGAAGGGACGCAGCGACAGGCCGAAGUUUGGACAGAUUGUGUCAAUCCUGGACAAACUCAUCAGGAACCCGGCCAGCCUCAGAGAGCUGGCCAACAGCUCAGCAGGCAGGGAGGAUCCGUCCACCCCAGAGUUCAGUGUGAGCACGGUGGAUGAGUGGCUGGAGGCCAUCAAGAUGGGCCAGUACAAGGACAACUUCUCCAGCGCGGGAUACGUCAGCCUGGACUCAGUCCUCUACAUCAGUGUCAGUGAGCUGGCUAAGAUGGGUGUGAAUCUGGCCGGCCACCAGAAGAAGAUCCUGUCCAGCGUGCAGAGCCUGCAGACCCAGGGGACGCACGUCCAAGUAUAACGGUUUCCUUAUAAACGCACAGUGAGACAGAGCCAAAAUGGACGCUUCCUCCCGCGAUGAAUGUCCCCACCGCGAUGGAGCCCUAAUGGAUACUCUGUCCUCGGGCCUCUGUUGAUUUUUUUUGGGUUUGUUUUUGAGAUGCACUAACGUACGACGUGGCGACGCCACAGACGCUUGACUUCUUCACCUUCUCGCUGUCUCACGCAUCCUCCCCACCCUCGACGGGCACCGAGCAGCUUCAGCGCACGCAGGGUCCCGGCGACACGACCGGCCCGUCGGAGCGAAAGACAGACACGCAUCCGACAGCAAGGACCAUGUAGAGCGUCCCAGGUCAUUUCACACCAUAUCAGCUCCACAAAAGAAUUUUAAAAAACAAACAAAUUAGCAUCUUAUCACCACUGUCUGUGAGGUGUACAGUCGGGUUUUACUGUCAUUUGCUUCGUUCGGUUGUUUUCAAGAGUUUAAAGAGGGUCAAAGGUGAAAUGUAUAUGUGUAGAUAUGUGUUUAUAUGGGCUGUGGGACCCACAACCGUAGAGAUGGACCUAACGUUUGUAUUGGUGGUGAGGUUUAUAUCGUUCAACCUUGAUAGGAGUUAUUACCUAGUGCGUGUACGGCCCCUUCCACUGCUCUGUGUACCGAAAGCCAGGGAACGAUACGAAUGUGUGGGCUGAGGGGGGCGGAAAACUGGACCUUUAGCGAUAGAGAGGGAUGUACCGUAGAUGUUGCUAGUUCAUGUAGGAAAGUGAUGGGGAUGCGAUUCCUUUCAAUUGUGCGUUUGCCGAGGACAAGGGCUUCCCUAGCGACACGCUUCCAUUGCGCCUAGGCCCAGUGCACCUUGGCUUGUCCGCUUGAAACCGAGUGCCAAGUAACAGUAGAAGCUGCUUGAGGUGCCGUUAGCGCAGAGGCGUUUUUACUCUUCCAUGCCUGAAAGCUUGCCUUCCCACGUUUCUGGCGUGUUGUUGUGUUUUGUGCAGAGGACUUAAAGGUCACGAUACACUCGAGGCGGUUGAGGACGCGUACGUUGUUAAACGGUGUUGUGCCAUGUACAGUCUGGAAAUGUUUGUGGGGAACACGCCGCCGAUUCUAAUUUACUCCUUCCUUUCAUGAUGAAAAGGGCCAAGGUGGAAUAUACGAGUAUAUGAGUUGACUCGGAGCCGUGCCGCCCAGAGAGGACAUGUUUUACUCUGAGAUUAUUUGUGCGUCUCGUACUGUGUCACGUUCUUGUUAUCAGUCAUGCCAAUCCGUUUCAAACCAACACCCACAAAUUGACAAGACACUGUUUACAGCUGAAAGCAACUAAAUAUGUCCAUUGUUUUUUUUCCUUGUGUGAAGAAAAGUACUGCUUAUCCCAGUAUGAGAAGGUUACUGUACAUCGGUUGGGACCCUUAAAGAACUGAACCUGCUUUUUAGUGUGUUUCCACAUCCAAUUCUAAUAUAUGUGUUACUCUAUAGGAUCAACAGUGGCAUCAAGUACAGUAUAUAUGAUUGUAUCAUAGUGUAAAAUAUGUACAGCGUUGAUUUCCAAUGUUUAGAAUGUUUGUAAUGAUAACAAUGAUGAUGCUGAUUAUGUACUUUUAUUGUGAAAAAGAGAUUUCUGACGUUCUCGUUCAGGGGCGGGUCAUACGGGAUGAAGGUGAAGGGAGGCGCUUGGUUGGUCUGAACAAAGGAAUGUAGCAUGGCGCGAAGCUCCAGCUUUGCUUGACAGGUGGCAGUGCAUAGUUUCUGCCAUAGCGUUAGAAUGAGUAGAAUGACACAGCACCAAACCCACCUAGAGCAGCAGGUAUACAUGUAUGCACUUUGAGAGCUGGUCUCUUUGAACCCUUGUGUUUCUCGACCGUUUGAGUGAGGAAGGCAGGGGCGGAGGGAGGCCGAGAACAGGGGAAACCCUCACGUCACAUUUUUGACCUGCUGAAAACCCUUCCUCCGCUUCUCCAGGAAGGUCAAGCCGGCGUUUCUUUGCAAGUGAGCAGAUUAAACUGUGGGUUGGAUUGACUUGGAUUUGUAACCAGUCAGACACUGUUUGAAGAAGUUUGAUGCUAAAUCCACAACUGGAAUCGGUGUAAACUGCAAAUGAGAGUCUGAUAGUCCUUUGGGGGUGGGGCUUAGUUGCCCGUCUGCUGGGGCGGGACUUAAACAGUGGGGGCGGGGUCAAACAGGGCAGCAGACAGAGUCAGGAGCGUCGAGCCGUUCAUUCUACUCAUGCUAACUCUAUGAUUCCCCUCCAGCGGACAACCCUUGACCGCUGGCCUUUUAGAUGCCUUAUUUACUGAGCUGUUGUUCUUUUCUGUUGGCAAUUUUAGGAGUAAAGUGUAUUUAUCUGUGUUCUUAAGAUGACCUCACAUCAACACCGUGGUUCUGUAACAUCCCGGACAUGCCGCGCAACAGCACCUUCACUAUGUUUUCUGGAAGCGGAAAGAAAGUCAUGUUCUGAAAGUGUUAUAAUAAACCUUAAACCUGACGACCUGA